UGAAUGUUUUUGAAAUGGCAUGUGGGCACUGAGAUAACCGAAUGUGGAAUUCCCUGAAGAAUAUUUGUUUUCUGGCUAAAGAGAAGAGGUUUUAAUUGUCUGCAGUAUCAACCAAACAUCAGAAUGAUGUCAUCGGACUUCUCGCUAAAGCAUGGAUGUCGGAGUGACCCCGAGACGGCACAACCCCGUGGACAGCAUCUGCCGCAAGCUGCAGACGAUUCAGCGUCGAGAUCAAGAGGUUAACUCGCCUUUCCAGAUUCCCAAAUUCCAGUCCAGUAGCUACGACAGCCCUCACUCGGGCCUGCGCCUCAACCUGGAGUCCAUCCUGAAGAACCGUGGCGUCCGAGCUGACAGCGACAUCGACUCAUCUUCAGACAUGCUGACCCCUACAGCCUCCCCAGCACCAGGAUCCAAUUCCCACACCCCUCACGUUCCCAUCACCCCUGCCAACGCUACUUACACCAUCACCAGCACACUGGGCACGCUAGGGGAGAGAAAACCAGCAGGCGCGACUUACAGCCGACCGUUUCGUCGCAAUUGCUCCACCCCGGCGGCCCAGACUGGGGACAAUUACUUCAAUUUUACCCCACGAUACUCUGCGCAAACACUGCGGGAGGAACCUGACACGGAUAUGAAGACUGGGAAGCUCAAUCCUCCCAGUCUGCUCUCUCUCAAUCUGAACUUUUCCUCUGACAUUUCCAACAUGGACAGUGAGCUCGCGUACCCGUCCCUUGUGGUUAAAAGACUUUCAUUGGGCGAGGGAUCUCUGUUCCCCUCCGAGCCCAAGAAGGACAGCAUGGCAGAGGUCAGUUUGAUUUGUGAGGAAGACCUCUUGGAUACCAUUUUUCAGGCCUGUGACACACAAUGCAGAGGCAAAGUUUACGUGUCACACAUCGUGGACUUCCUGAGACACACCACCUGCCGCAGCUCAGAGGACAGCGGUUUAGAGGAGCUCUGCAAUAUGCUGGACCCAGAGCACAAGGACAUCUCCAUAGACCUGGACACGUACCAUGCCAUCAUGAAGGAGUGGAUUGAUGACUGCCGCAACAAGGGGAAGGACUCUAAGAAUGAUACUCAUCAGGAGUCAUUUAAACUGCGGGACAGUAUGUUAGCAAAGAGAUGUACUCUUCUCAAUAUGACAUCAGGUAGUUUGGAAGCGUUUGGAGGGGAAGCCUCUCGAGCUGACCUAGAGACGUCUGAUCUGGUGUUCUGUGUGGCAGACCUGCAGCUUAACAACCAGAAGCUGCAGGAAGAGGUUCGUAAACUAAAACAGGCCGCGGAGAACAUGGAGGACACCAACCAGAAACUUAUAGAGGAAAAUGAAGAGCUCAAAGCUCAAGCCAAAAUGGGACAGCAGUUACUACAUAAGGAGAAAAUGCUUAAAGAGGAGGUUGAGGAGAUGAAGCUGAGCCUGACCUCUUCAGAAGAGUCUCGUGCUCAGGCCUCGGCUCAGAGGAAGCAGAUGGAGCGAGAAAACCAAAGCCUCAUAUCCAAGAUUGCUGAUCUUCAAGAGGAGAACAUGAAAAUCAUUUUGGAGGCAGAUGAGCUCCAGAAAAAGAUGAGUGAACUUUGUCACGUUAAUGCUGACCUUCAGGUGCAAGUUCAUUCAUUCGAUGCCAUUCUGGCUGAUAAGGAGUCAGUAAUUAAGGAGAAAAACAAACAGAUUGAAGAAUUAAAAGUAGCUAUUGUGGAGUAUUCCUCAGUCACAGAGCUACUAAGAGCAGACAAGAAUAAGCUGGAGAGUCAGAUGGCGAUGAUGCAACCUGAUAUGACCAUCCCUGGUCUCUCUCUCUCUGUGGCCUACAGACUCAACCAGACGAGUUCAGGUUCUCUUCAGACAGAGCUGGCACUGGCACAGAAUCCCCUUGAGGGUUUGGAGCAUCUCUCCUCGUCUGUCUGUUUUGCGUCGUCCCUGGAUGAGACUCUAGAUCGUGAAGUUCUGUUGCUUCUCCAAGGCCCGACACCUGAGCAGAUGUCUCUGGAGUUCAAAACUCUCAUCAGCAGACUGAAGAGGGAGUUAAAGGACGAUGGCUUGACCUUCAUCACAGCGCUCAGAGGCCUUUCAGAGAGCAGUGAAACUCAAGAGCCCAACACUGACCUCAAGCUGCAGGGCUUGGAGGUGCAGUUUGAGCAGAGGAGGAGCGACUGGACUCGCUGUCUGGAGCAGCUGGACCAGUACACAGACUCUCUGGAGAAGGAGCUGCUGAAAAUGGCCAGCAACAUGCGGCGGUCUCGUACAGAGAUCUUACACCUGUCAGUCAAGGUGCAAGAGCAAGAGAAUCAAAAGCUGCGGCUGCAAGAGGAACUUGAUCGUCUGAAGACUCGAAUGGACAGCAGAGAGGCCAGCAGCCAAACACCCGAUCACCUACUACAGGCAGUGGAAGAGCUGAAUGGCCCGUCUCUUGAAUGGGAUGAGGAAUACGUAUUGUCUGAAUCACCUCCCUUACAAGAGCUUGGACCUGACCAGCACAUACUCCAGGAACUAUGCUGUGAUGAAGAGGAGCUCCAGGGCCUGAAACAAGAGGAAGAGGAGAAGACUGAGACCACGAGGGACCAGAAGAUUCUGGAAAUCAUGGGAACGACUGAAGGAGAAGGUGAAGCGACGCAGGAUUCUGGAGUAGAGACUGAGGAACUACAAAGACACUCCAGUCUUUCCCAGAUGACUUUUCCAGAUGACAUCAUUGAUAGCGAAUCACAAGCAUCUUCAGUUGUGGGUGUAUCAGGAAUGCAGAGACGUUGCAUGUCUCCAAAGGAUGACAGCCUCCCAGAAUGCACUGGGCCUGAGGACGCCCACGGGCAGACUGCUCCUGUGCCUCACACCCACAGUCAAUGUGCUAAUGACCAAUCAUUGAGCUCUGAGAAUUUGCAACAACAGGUGACAUCAGCCCAAAACCUCACUGGACCUCCACCCUCCCUUAUGUCCUCUAAGAUGGUAUCUCCCUCCGAUGGUCAGUCCGAAACAGGCGACUCGAUGUUUAUGACGGAAAGGAUCCUGCAACCGGAAGCCACGAACGGCGGACUUGAGGGGGAACGCACAGCCACCGCAGCCAACAUGAGUGACUCGCAGAGUCUGAGCACGGGACAGCUGUCUGAAGUGUCGGCAAAAUCAGACAGAAGUGUCUUGUUGCCAGUAGUGGAGGAAGAGGAGGCCAUGCCAGAGGCGGCUGGGGGGAAGUCACCAGACAAAAACAAGUCCGAGAAGACCGAAACUGUGCUGCCACCUGCAUCAAACUCCACAGCUUCAGCUGACCCAUCGAAAGAUCCUUCUGACAAAGCAAAGGACUUGACCCUUAAUCCAGCAGUGAAUGGGGAUGAUCUUCCAACAGUCCCUGCUGUGCAAGACUCUAAAGUAAACCUCCUGGCACUGAAGAACAAGCUGAAGAAGGAAAUGACCCCUAGUAUGGAAGCUGCUGAGAACCAAAAACUACAAGAUGGCAGUGAGACUGCAAUUGCCACAGAAAAGGUCUCAGGCGAUGCAUCUGUUGUGUCUGAGAACGGCAGCGAUUCUGACAGGAACAGCUUGUCGCCCAAUGAGAAAGAGAUUGAGGCAGAGUUUCACCGGCUAUCUCUGGGCUUCAAAUGCGACAUGUUCACCCUGGAGAAAAGACUCCGUCUAGAAGAACGCUCGAGAGAUCUAGCCGAGGAAAAUGUCCGCAAGGAGGUGACCAGUUGUCAAGGCCUACUGCAGGCCCUCAUCCCACGGUGUGAGGAGGACAGCCAGUCCAUGGAGAUCAUCCAGCGUUUGCAGAAGAACCUGGAGGUCCUCAUCCAGUCCAUGACCAGAGUUUCUAGCCGUUCAGAGAUGCUUGGGGCCAUUCAUCAGGAGAGCAGGGUGGGGAAGGCUGUGGAGGUGAUGAUUCAGCACGUGGAGAACUUGAGGAGGAUGUACACCAAGGAGCAUACAGAGCUGUUGGAGCUUAGGGAAAAUCUCUCACCAAACGACAGAUCCUUUGGGUCCCUCGCCGAGAGAGAAGCUUUUUCAAACAAGAAGCCUUCAACCGCUCAACUUUUUAAAGUUACAACCCGACGCAUUAGUAUAGCUACCAUUCCCCGCAGCGGAGCAGGACACGGCCUUUCUGACACGAACAAAGAUAUAGCAGACACAGAGACUGACAGGCUUUCCCGUCGUUCACCAUGGAUGGCAUCAGCCAAGAGGCCGCCACUAAAGCGCUUCAUUAGUUCUGGUACUUGGGCCGACACCGACGAGCCCACUCUGAUGAAUAGGUAUGGAUGCGACACAGACUCCCUAUCAGAGGAGGAACAGAUAAAGGAACCAGAGGAGAACCGGAGGAGUAGCAUAACAGAAAUAGGCUUAAAAAUCGCCUCCAUGAUAUUGCCAGCGAAGACCCCCACUCCCAGCCCGACAGAACGAGCUCCGCCCAAUUUUACGGAGGUAAAACCUGCAACGUCCAGAGGCACCAGGGGUGUUUGGAUUUGGGUGGCUUUGUUUGUAGUGCUGGCUGUUCUCCUGGCCCUGUUGGCGAGCCUGAUGCUACAGCCUGCCGUGGAUGCAGCUCCUGUGGGUACCGGGGACUCCUGGAUGACCAUCCAGCAGCUUCUGUGGCCCUACGCAGGGCUGAGGCACAACGGGCAGCCUCCUGUAUGAUCACUGCAGUCUUGAUAAGCAUGGAGGAGACAUUUGAAAAGAAACCGAUUUUGAGCACUACCUUGCAAACUCUUUGCGACCAUUUCUUCAUGAUGAUAAAGAUAAGAGGAGAUGUCAAGAGGGAUGUGCUGGAAGGCAUGGACAGCUUGGAGCUUCGUAGAGAUGCUUUGUCGUGUCGGCUAUAUAGGCACUUUUUUAAAGAGUUUUCUUUUAUUUUUUCUAAUGCAUCAGUGUAUUUUUAUGGGCGUUUGAAGAAGUAUUGAGAUGCCAUUUUAAAAAAUAUUUUUUGUUAAGUUAUUUUAGUUUUACUGUUGUAGAUAUUUGUUUGGUUUUUUUGAAAUUAUUAAUUGUUAUAAACACUUUUAUCCUGAUGAAGCUAUUGGUUUGAAGAAAUCAUAUGCUUUUGUAUGUUUCAAAGUGAGGGGAAAACUUACAAUAAAAGAAACUGAUCUUACUGUU